GUUGUUUCAUGAUAGUAUUUGUAUAAGCUCCCCCUUUUUUUUUUCUCUCCCCUCUCUUUUCUCUUCUUUUAAUUUAUCAAAUGUCAAUCAAUAGAGAGGACGCACCCAAUGGUUCAAUGCUUCAAGUGGAUUCCCCUGAGCCUACUUUAUUAAAAGUAGAAACACUUGAUCCUAGAGAGGAUUAUCGAACAAAAAACUGGAAAAAUGGCCUUGGAAAGACAUCUGAGAUAUGCAUCUAUCCUCCUGAGAAAGACUACCGAAAAGACUCUUUCUUCUGGCGCUUAAGCGAGCACGAAAUUGAUGCAGAUUUUAAUUUCCCUAUUUCUUUGGGUUAUGAUUAUACCUGUGUUAUCCUUCCAAGUCACCAUCAAAAUAAAAAGAGUACUAUUCAUCUAAAUCAUCGUGGUGAAGAAGCUUCUACUACUAUCAAACCUCUCUUUCCUUAUACUUGGAAUGGUGAAUGGGCUACAAGCUGUAAAGUGUCCAAUGCGCCUGUCUGUUGCUUACAGUUCUUGAUCAAACGUGAAUUGGGUACAGCGCAAUUCUCGAUUGAUAAAAUUGGUCAACCUAUCUCAAACGAGAAUGGUGAAACAGGCAGGAAAUUGAUCCUAAGCGCAUUUGCUUUAGUGUAUGUGGUUGAAGGCCAUGUCUGUAUUGGUUUGGAUGAAAAUAGCCCACAGGGCUACCAUGGCGUCCUCUCAGCUGGCCAAACUCUAUAUGUUGAGCGCGAUGAAGACGCUUCUCCUACGAGUAUGGUCAUUCAGGCAUCCGAUGCUUCGGGUGGUGUUGGUAAUCGUGAUCAAGAAGAUGCAACCAUCAUGAUUGUUCAAAUCACGGAGAGCAAGCCUAAAGGAGCUCCUUCCACGAUUGGUACACUCUCUGAUUAUUUUGCUUUACAAACAAACAGUUACUCGGUUGGAAAUACGCCUGCCGUUCCUACACCCGGUGCAACACAAGCUGCAGGCUUAGCGACCGCGGGUGCUAAGGAGGAAGAUGUCCCUAGCCGUCGCAGAGAACCCCGUCGUAAAGGAUCACUUGUUGUCUAUGAUGAUCAGCCCUUCUGGAACUUGCCUCAAAAUGUAGCUCAACGUAUGGCUGCUCAAGAAGCAAGUGCAUCUGCAUCUGCUAUUCCUGUUUCGUCCGAUAAUAUCGGUGGUGAAUUGACAACCACACUCAAAAUGGAAGAAUCACAAAACAAACGAGAAAGACGCAACAGUCUAGCCAUGCUUCGAGGCCAAUUAGAAGCCACACAGAUCUAUGAACCUCCUACAUUCGCACUCUUGAAUCAAGAUACAGAUGUUCCUCCUCCUGUGGUUCGCGACCGUCUUGUGGUAGAAGACUUUCCAAAACAUACCAUCAGUACAGCUUGGAUCAAGAUGGUCAAACAAGGUCUAAGUGAAUGGCUUAGAUUACCCGUGAUUGUGUGUCGAGGUACAGAAGAUGGACCUGUCGUAGGCAUCACGGCUGCUGUUCAUGGCAACGAAUUAAAUGGUGUACCUUGUAUCCAUCGUGUUAUUUCUGAAAUCGAUGUCAACAAGUUACACGGCACAGUAGUUGCAGUGCCCUGUGUGAAUGUGUCUGGUUAUUUGAAGUUUACCAGAGAAUUCGCAGAUGGUCGAGAUCUGAACCGUCUGUUUCCCGGUAGGGAAGAUGGUUUUGCUUCGCAAGUGUAUUGUUACCAGUUGAUGAAUAAGGUCAUUUCUCAAUUCAAUUACCUAAUUGAUCUGCAUACAGCAAGCUUUGGUCGGGUUAAUUCGUAUUAUGUGCGUGCUGACAUGAAUGAUCCUAUUUCAGCUAUUAUGGCAAGAUUACAGACACCUCAGGUUGUAUUGCAUAAUUCAGGCCAAGACGGCACUUUACGAUCUGCUGCUUCAGCAAGAGGUAUUCGUGCUAUCACAGUUGAAAUUGGUAAUCCUCAGUUAUUCCAAAAUCAAUAUGUUCAGUGGUCUUAUAUUGGCGUGAUGCGUAUUUUGGAUCAUUUGGAUAUGUAUACACUAACAUACCAACCUACUGCAGAAGAUAUGGCUGCUUUAGGUCCUCCAAACACAAUUCUUUGUUCAAAAGGAUUUUGGAUAUAUACCAAAACAGGAGGUGUUUUAGAAGUCUAUCCUGGUGUGAAUACCAUUAUUAAGAAGGGUGACUUAAUUGCUCGUAUAAAGAACAUCUUUGGUAAUGUGGUUGAUGAGUAUUAUGCUCCUUGUAGUGGCAUAGUCAUUGGCCGUAGUUCAAAUCCUGUUGCCAUGUCAGGCGACCGUAUUGUUCACUUGGGUGUGAUUAAGAAAAAGAACGAAAGCUUACCAAAAGAAGCUAAGGAGAAUUAUUAACCAAAAAUAAAAGAGAAUUGGGUGGUUUUGUUUAAUAUAAAAUGCAGAAUAAAUAAUGAUUUGAUUAAAUGCAGUGAUAAUAAUAGGAAUGAAGUAAUUUACAAUGGGUUUGCAGAAACACAGUGUG